UUCACGUGUUGAUAAAUUUUAUAAACAAAUUUAUUACUGAUCAUAAAAUGCUUCUUUGUCAAACUUAUCAGAAACAUUGAUGUGUAUAUAAUCCAUAUAACAACGGUAAUUUAUAAAGAUGACACAGUUAAAAUCAAGUUUUAAAGUUGAUACAAAAUUACAAGCUUUUUAUACAGAAGGAAAAAUUCAGAUAGAUAAAAAUGGAGAUUUCAUGUUUUGUGGAUGUGGUCAGAAAGUUCAAAUGAUUGACAUUAAAUCUAGUAAUUUAGUAGCUUCAUUUUCCAAGGAAGAAGAAAUCGUUACUAAUUUUAUACUCAGCCCUGAUAAUGAGUACCUUAUUGUAGCCAGUCAAAACCUCUUGUUGAGACAAUGGCAUUGGAGGGAGAGAAAGCUUGUUCGAUCCUGGAGGACAUCCCACAGAACUCCUAUAGUGUCUAUGGCAAUGGAUAAGACAUCUACAUUGUUAGCUACUGGUAGUACAGAUUUAACUAUUAAAGUAUGGGAUAUUGUACAGGAACAUUGUACCCAUGAUUUAACAGGACAUAAAGGAGUUAUAUGUGCAAUGGAAUUUAAUCCUGAUAAGUCACGCUUACAGUUGGUAUCAGCCAGUGAUGAUAAUUUGAUACGUAUUUGGGAUUUAAUGACUAGUACUUGUGUAUCAGAGAUAUCAGCCCACUAUAGUACUGUUACUAGUUUAAUAUUUACACCAGAUGGUAAUACUAUGUAUAGUACUGGUAGGGAUAGUGUAGUAAUAACAUGGAAUAUGGUAGAAUUGAAAGUCAGUAAAACACUACCUGUAUUUGAGCGAUUAGAAUCAAUAAUUCCAGUCAACCCUGACAUAUUAGAUUAUGAUAUAUUCAAAUUACAAGAUCAUUCUACAUAUUAUAUAACAGCUGGUAAUAAAGGUAAUUUAAGUAUAUACCAACAUGAUAAUGGUAAAUGUGUAUAUAGUAAGAAAUUAGUAACUGUUGAUGGUGGAAAGUCAGAAGAUGAACAAGUUAUAACACAGGCUCUAUAUCAUCCUAUAUUAAAACAGUUUAUUGUAGUAACAUAUGAUCAUAAUAUUAUUCUCGCUGAUACACAAGAUUUUACUAUUCAAAAACAGUUUGCUGGUUACAUGGAUGAGGUAUUAGACCUACAGUUUAUUGGUAAAGAUGACAGUCAUAUUAUAGUUAUAACUAAUAGUGAAAAAAUUAAAGUUUAUGAAAGGUCUAGUUGGAAAUGUCAGAUAUUAACUGGUCAUACAGAUAUUGUAUUAAAUAUAUCAGUCCACAAACAAUCAGCAUUAUUUGCUUCUAGUGCCAAGGAUAGUACGAUCCGAGUAUGGAAAUUUGAUGAAGAUAUUGGUAACAUUACAUGUGUUGCAAUUGCAUCAGGCCAUAUACAAGCUGUAGGUGCUGUCUGUCUAGCAAAGACCAAAGCUGAUUUUGUUAUUAGUGGCAGUGAAGACAAUACAUUAAAAAAGUGGGAAUUACCAGCCCUUGAUGAAUCCAGAAAAGAUGUUGUCACAUUGAAAGCAGUAGCUACUGAUAUUGCUCAUGAAAAAGAUAUUAAUUUUAUAGAUAUUUCACCUAAUGAUAAGUUUAUAGCUACUUGUUCUCUUGAUAAAACUGCCAAGAUCUGGAGGGAAUCAGACCUGUCAUUAUUAGGUGUUAUGAGAGGACAUAGAAGAGGAGUUUGGUGUAUUCAGUUUUCACCUGUUGAUCAGUGUGUUUUAACUGGGUCAGCUGAUUCUACUAUUAAAAUAUGGUCUCUACAAGAUUUCUCAUGCGUGAAGACAUUUGAAGGUCAUUCAGCUUCUGUAUUAAGAACUAUGUUUAUUAGUAAUGGUAUGCAAAUAUUAUCCUGUGGUGCUGAUGGUGUAUUAAAAUUAUGGACUAUUAAAACUAAUGAAUGUAUUAAAUCUUAUGAUGAUCAUAAUGGUAAAAUCUGGGCAUUGACAACAAAUACAGCAGAAAAUACAGUAGUCACUGGAGCAGCAGAUUCUACAGUGAUCUUUUGGAAGGAUGUAACAGAAGAAGAAAGAGAAGAAACAUUGAAAAUACAAGAAGAUUUAAUACUAAAGGAACAGCAACUAUCUAAUUUAAUUCAAAAGAAGAAAUAUCUUAAGGCUUUGAGUUUAGCCAUUACAUUGGAACAACCUUACAAAGUUUUAUCUAUUAUUAAAGCAAUACUGAAAGAAAAUGAAGGUAUUAGAGAAUUAGAAAUUACUUUAUCUAAAUUACAGAUGUAUCAAGUUGAUGCUAUAUUAAGAUUUGCAGUAACAUGGAAUACUAAUAGUAAACAUUGUCAAGAAGCUCAGUUUAUUAUUGGUGUUAUAUUCAACUCUUUCUCACCUAAUCAGUUAAUAGAGUUUCCUAAUAUACAGUCCACAUUAGAGGGCUUACUUUCAUAUACAGAUCGUCAUUUUAAGAGAAUGAACAGAUUAUUACAACAGUCAAUGUUUGUAGACUAUACCUGGACUUGUAUGGGUCGUAUUGAUGAUAACCCUUCUCAAAGUAUUGAAGCUAUGGAAGAAGGUGAAAGUGAUUUUGUGAUAUCUAGAAAAGGGUCUCACAUUGAAGCUAAUCACAAUAAUAGUGACUCAGAAAGUGAUGGUAGUGAUUCUGAAAAUGAGUUAGAUGAUAUGAGUAGAGUAAAGAAGGAUACAGUGAAAACUCCCCAUAAACCAGACAGUGACUCUGACAGUUCAUCAGAAGAAAGUGAUAUGGAGGUUACAGAUUUAAAUAAGAAGUCUAAAUUUCAAAAAGAGGUCAAGAACACAGUAAAAGAAAAUUCACCAAUAGUACAUGUUACAAGAAACAUGUUGAAGAAACAAUGGUAAUAUUUUUAUCUCACCUAAGUUUUCAAAUGCUGUAGAACAAAAACUAAAUAAAGCAUGUA